AUGAAGCUACUACAGUACGUCCCAAAAGCCCUACGGAUCUACGGUGUACGUACUGUUGGCCACGCUGGCUCCGGAGAGCUCCGAGGAGAAUAUUUUGCGAAGAGAAGCUACUCCUACAUCGUGCGACACUUCCGACCGAGGGCGUGCAACAAAGAAACUCAAGACUUUGCUGAGCGUCGCUUUCCAUUUUUGCAAUAUUUCGGCCCAAAAAGAAUAGAGCAGAAUGUGGACCGGUUCAGCCUGGGAUUUGGUCAAUCUUUUCAAGACUUGUUUUUGACAAGAGCAAAUGCUAAUAUCAAAUUCCAGUACGGCGCAAACUUGGAAGUUAUCAGCCCCAAAUCCUCCCAUACACUAGCGUUGAUGAUAUUGAAGAGGUUCUCGUUCAUCAAGGACAAGAGCUGGCCUAACUUGGGGUGUGAUUUCGAGAGUGCCUCCAAGGCUAGACUUUGCACCAGUGUCCCUGGUGAGAUGGCCUAUUACGAGAUCAAGAAGCUCAACAGCAAUAAGGGACUCACGCUUGAGUUUGCCCAAGAUGCCGGUAUGAAAUGGCUGAGCUUCGACAAUGAAGAGUUGAUGGCGAAGAAACUUGAAUACGCUAACGAUUGCUGUUUCGACGGAAAUGUAAUUUGGUUAAUCGAUUUAACUCUGGUUCUGGAAGGUAUGUCCCCAAUCUUGGUCAACAUUUAUGACAACUCCGGCCCUUUUCCGUCGUCGCCGACGAUCUCCUAUACUGAAACUAUGAUAUUUAGCUGCUCAACAACAAUUCCCAGCAGCUAUUUCGGAUCCUCGCGGACAGUAAUUCCAACACCUAGCACUACCUUGUCAGGGAGCUCAUUAAACAGAACCUCAACCUUCCCCUUCUGCUCAUCAACUACCUCGCCAAUGGGAAUUUCAACAAGUUUGUCAGCAGAAUUCUCAAUCUCCAGCCUGGGUUCAUCAGUUGGCUUAUCGAUGGCAAUUCCGAGCACUGCCUCUGAAAGUUCGCCAACAGGGUCUCCUACGCCUACCACUGCCUUGUCAAGAGACUCGUCAACCCAACCCUCUCGUCUAGCAGCUACCUCAUCCUUUACGCUAUCUUCAUCAGCCAGCUCAUUGACUGAAAUAUUAUCAUCGAUCACUGCAUUUCACGUUCAUAAUCCCUCCCAGGCUACCUACCCUACUUCUAGCUCGUUGGAUGGAAUCCCAACGUUAAUCACUGCAGACAGUGAGUUUGGCGUUUCCAGUGCCUCCACCAGAGCUUCUACCACCGAAAGCAACGACGAUAGGCUACUAGAAGUGUCUUCUGCCGCUCCAAAUCCGGGGUCGACUGAAUACCGGCAUUCAAUGUAUUCUACCAUGCACUCUUACAGGUUUAGCUUCUUUCACGUCCUAAGGAAACUUACAGACGAGAGUUCAGUCAUCUUUGAGCUCGUUCCGAGCAUUACUCCUCCCCCGCUUCACAUAUCCCUCGGCUGUAGACUCCGGCCCUUCCUUCCAAGCAGUUAUCCUUAUGGUGCUUUGACUGUCUCCUCUGCUUUUUCUUCCUUAAAUUCAGCUCAGCUGCGUUUGCUUGGUGGAUGCGGCGAAUUAUGGAUCAUCCAUCUCAAGCUAACUGUUCCUGCCCCUAUCCCAACUGGCACCCAGGGCCGGAUGGUGGCUAUCCUACCGAAACCCCAUUAUGUCAUUAUCCACUUGGAAUCGCUUUCAGCGUCUCCCCAGCACCAUCCACCACAACCACAGUGCCUGUGGGAUGCGCACCGGAAAACAUCUUUGGUCUUGAGUAUUCAGCGCACUGGUGAUCCAGAGCUACCUACCGAUCGAGCACUUCUACUGAAUCUUGCACCUCAAAUUGUGGGGUUAAGAGCUUUAAAGAGCUCAGGCCAGUGUCUGUUUCCAAGCGUUAGUACACCUAAUCGUACGGUACUACAGUACAGAGAAUUUUGGGCCGUGCGCCAACCGUAUGGAAGCAUUGGAAUGGCGGCUUUUGGACGGAUCUUUGACUAUUGUGGUAAGAUGCUACAGGCAGGCUCCUCUGAUAUUGCGCUUUUGCAGAUGAUUUUCAGUAUAUUUCAUCGGGAUGUCAUCCGACGGAACACCAUCAGGAGAUAG